GUAAGCUUCAAUUCUCCUCAGUCACCUGUUUUAUAAACUACCACUUCGUUUAAAACAUAUCACAACAUCAACAUGUCAGGUCGCUCAAAUGUCGGAUAUUCUUCCUCCUACGAGGGUGGAGAUCAGCGCCAUUACAGUAGGGAGGCUAUCCAUGAGGAGGGUCGCAUGCAUGGCGUCAACACAGAGGGAUACCUCAACAAAGAGAAAAUUAUGAACGAGCUCCAGGAGAGGGACACAAAAACACGUAUUGAAGACCGAAUGAAGCACGAACCGGGCUUCGCAGCCACCAUGCACGGCAACAAGCCCUCGCGCGGCGCCGAAGUCGAUGCCGAGAUUGCGCGAGAAGAAGCCGAACAGCUGGCAAAGAAGAAGAGCAAGACAGACAGCAUGCCUGGCAAGAAGCUUGAGCGCAACACUGAGAAGAGUGAGUGGAAGCAGCAGAUGGAUCAGGAGGAGCAAGAAGCUCGUGCUAAGCACAGUAAGCGUGGAGCAAAGAAGCAUGAAGGUCAGGGGAUGGAGUAUGUCACUCGUAAGAACCACAGUAGUCGGGAAUAGACUCUAGAUGAACUCUCUGGUCGACCAAGGACGAAAGAGUCCAGAUCGCCGCCGUGAAAGACUCAGUUAAAUAAGAAUGCC